AUGAUUCCAACUACAACGGUUAAAUCCGUUUUCCAUACGAGAUGCAGUGGGUUGAAAUUCAAGGGUAGUUCGUCGGUAAGUAUCUCUACUAUUAUUGCAUUGGAUUUCGACAUUAUGAGGAAGUUGAGACAGAUCGAAGCAAGGAACGCUGUAGGAGGAGGAAAAAAGAAGAAGAAGAGAAAAAAAAGCAAUGUGAGCUAA